AUGUCUUCCAUCAGGUUAAUAUCUGUCUCUCUCCUGGCCACCGUUGCCAUGGCCCACCCUCACGUUAUCGUUGACACCGUUGGCUCCCUGGACCCACGUGCCCUCUCGGCACGCCCCCGGUUCGGCAACCUGCCCUACGGCAUGUCCCUCACCUCGUGCAGCAGGCCCGGCCUGAUGGCUCUCACUUUCGACGACGGCCCGGGACCUUUCACCUCGCACGUUCUGGACCUUCUCGAGCGGGCCGGCAACCUCAAGGCCACCUUCUUCCUCAACGGCCAGAACGGCAACGGUGGAAUCACCGUCGCCGCGCUCCAACCCGUUGUUAAGCGCAUGGUGGCGGCCGGCCACCAGGUCGGCAGCCACUCCUUCAGCCACGCCAACUUUGACGAGAUCACCGAGGCCGAGCGCGAGCAGGAGCUCGUUAAGAACGAGGAGGCCUUUGAGGCCGUUCUUGGCUUCAUCCCCACCUACUUCCGCCCGCCCUUUACCGCGUGCGGCGCUGCCUGCCAGGCCACUGCUAACAGGCUGGCCUACCGCAUCACCGACUACAACCUGGACACCAAGGACUUUGAGGGCGACUACGUGGCUGCCAAGAAGAAGUUCGCCGAUGGCGUUUCUCAGAACCCCAACUCGUUCGUCGCGCUCGCGCACGACAUCCACGAGCGCACCUCCAACGAGCUGGUUCCCUUCAUGAUCGAGCAGGCCAAGGCUAAGGGCUACCAGUUCGUCACCAUGGGCGACUGCCUCGGCGACCCGGCCGAGAACUGGUACCGCGACCCCAAGAGCGGCCAGCCCUUCCGCGGCGCCAAGCCUCCCGCGCCUUCGCGGGCUAGCUCGUCGGCCGCCCGCCCCAGCUCGCCGGUCGCCAGGACCAGCUCGACCUCGACCCCCGCUGCCGCCAUGCCCACAGGCGGCCGGGCCACCAGCAGCUCGGCCACCAGCAGCUCGGCCGGCGCCCGUACCACCUCUGCUACCACCGGCUCCUCGACGACCCCCGCCACCCGGGCCACGUCCUCCUCGGGCUCUGCUGCGACGACCAACACUGCCAGCCGCGGUCUGGGCGGCGGCGCUGCCGUCCCCAUCUUGUCCGGUACCGGCGCUGGCACUCCUCGUGUCAACGGCACUCGUCCCGUCGCCACUAUUUCGCAGCCUCCCAUGUCGACCCUCCCCAUCAAGGACGGCGCAGCCCGUGCCAUUGUUGCUAUGAACACCAUUGUCGGCGUAGCAUUGGCUGUGGCUUUCUUGAUCUAAGCAGACCGGUGUCACGAGCAACAAACGAACAAAAAAAAACACUCAAAACAGCAAGCCGGCUGGCUCAUCCUUCUCGCUGGCUCAUCCUUCUCGCUGGCUGAGAGCAGAUAUUUCUGCUCUUGGUAAUACCGACAUUUACCACCUUUCUCUUUCUAUUAUCCCGGCUUGCUGGCCCACCACUUUUUCUUGUACCUUUUUUUGUCGGCUGGCUAACCAUGUCGACGGUUGGAGGCGCACUUCGCUUUCCUGAUACCCGGAUUUGGAUAACAAGGGGACGAUCGGUUGGCUAUAACGGUUCCGGCGUGUCUGGAGCACGGGUGGGACUGCUCUGGAGCAUAAAAGUUGGCCUGCUAUCGAAGCAGGCAUUUCCUUUUGUGUAGCACUGUCCCGGCCAGGGCGCGCCGGGAGGGCGACGCUUGCGCUUGAGUUGCGCGCGGCCCAGGGAACAUUGUUCCCCGGACGGGACUACCGCCAUAGUUCUUUUUUUCCUUGACUGUCUUGUUUUUUUGUUGUCAUGCAUGUCAGGUUCAUUGGGCUUCAUCAACAUAGCGUUUGAUGCUAAUUAACGAAUAGAGAAUACACUUUAUCGUUGCAAUAUGUUUUCCG